UUUUUCUCUCCCCUAGCUCGGCGUCUCCUUGUCCUCCUCCACAGGCAGAAGGAGGGAGGUUGAGUUUUAAGGGAAAAGUAUCGACGGCAUUUACGCGUCAAUCACCGAACGAAACUGGAGGGAAGGUCGACGAAACUGGGACAAUUAGUUGGAAAAGAGCUCCGUGGAGCUCGGAAAGCUCCACAAAACAGCCGUCAUGUGCGGGAAACGUGAAGGAAAGCGCGUUGGAGAUAUUCGGCUUUAGUUAAAAUAAAAGAAAAGAAAAAAAAAAGGACGAGCGCGAGGAACUUGGUGUGUGUGUGUGUGUGUGGAAACGACGACUCUUGAGGAGGAAAAACAACACACACACCGGAUUAUUCUCACUUUUCACGUGUGUAAACUUAAACCAGUCUUCACGUACGCACGUAUAACAUUAAAAAAGGGCUACAAAAUGAGCGGAGGGGACGUGGUGUGUUCCGGCUGGCUCAGAAAGUCUCCGCCGGAAAAAAAGUUGCGCCGUUAUGCAUGGAAGAAGCGGUGGUUCGUUCUGCGCAGUGGACGACUGACAGGAGACCCGGACGUGUUGGAGUACUACAAAAAUGACCACGUGAAGAAGCCCAUCCGAGUGAUCGACCUCAACCUGUGCGAGCAGGUGGACGCUGGGCUCAGCUUUAACAAGAAGGAGCUGGAGCACAGCUUCAUCUUCGACAUCAAGACCAUCGACCGAGUCUUCUACCUGGUGGCUGACACCGAGGACGAGAUGAACAAGUGGGUGCGCUGCAUCUGCGACAUCUGUGGCUUCAACCCCACCGAUACUGAUGACUCGGCGAAGGCGUCUCAGCAUGCUGCAGUUUCUGGAGGUUUGGUGGUGGAUGUGCCUCCUCGAUCUGGGCUGAUGGGAUCCUCCACAAUGCCCAGCGUGCCCCCUCCGUAUCAGCCGGUCAGCGUUGGACACUUGGACUCCUCCUCCAGCCUGGAUGACACACAGGACUACCUACUGCUGCUCCACUGCGAGAGCAAGAAACCCGAGCCCAGCAGACAUGACUGUUCCAAGUCUACCUCCUCGGAGCCGGACUGCAACGACAACCUCCCAUCUCACCGCACGCCCACUUCCUCAACCUCCACAGCCAAGCAUUCUUCGGUCAACGGCUUCUUCUCUUCGCACCAUGCCCCGCUGUAUGACUCUCCUCCAGCGCGGGGGGCCAGUGUGUCGGUCGAGGCACAGGGCUUGUACCAACUGCCCCGCAGCCGGUCUCAGGACACGGUGCUGCUGCCCAAAAGUGCAUCCUUGUCAGGCACCACUGACUCCGACGCUGCCGACGUCUACGUCUUCAACACGCCCGCACGAAAGCCUUCACUCGAAGCUCAUCUCAGGAACAUGUCUGUCAGCUAUGACAUUCCCCCCACACCUGGCAGCAACUGCACCUAUCAGGUGCCCCGCACGGCCGGAGGGGCAGAGGCCUCGGCGUCAGACGUAGUGCCACCUCCUCGGCCGCCCAAACCCUCACUGGGGCCGGCGGCUGAUCGCUCACCCACGGACACUUACGUCGUUCCUAGGUCAGUGUCAGAGACGGACUCAAACUACUGUGUGCCUUCGGGGCCGGGAGGGAACAAAACUCUACGGAGCAACACCAUCGGCCCUGUGGAUUCCUCACGUCUGCGCAAAGAUUAUGGCUCACAAGACUGUUAUGACAUACCCAGAUCUUUCCCUUCAGACAGAAACUGUUCAUUUGAAUUCAACGAAUCUCUCAGCAAUUAUUUUAAAAAUAAAGGCAUGCUGCCUGUAGGGAACACCUCGACCGAGGACAUGGAUGAAAACUACGUGCCGAUGAGCGCAAAUUCACCGUCUCAUCAGCUUUCAGGUAGUCUGUCCGAGCUUAUCCAGGAGCCCAACUACGUACCCAUGACUCCAGGUACAGUGGAAUUUCCUUCGCUGGGGAAGCAGGUGCCUCCUCCAGCUCACAUGGGGUUCAGAUCAAGUCCCAAAACACCUCCACGAAGACCAAUGCUCAUCACCGACUGCCAGCCGCCACCAGUUGACCGAAACCUCAAACCUGACCGUAAAGGUCAGAGUCCUAAAAUAAUCAGAGCUAAUCGUCCUGUCGGUCUCGAGCGAACCGACUCUCAAACCGUAGGUGAUUUCUCAAGACGUCGUAAGGUCAAACCUGCCCCUUUGGACAUCAAACCAGUCCCUGAGUGUGAGGAGUUUAUUACACCAGUGCGCUCGCCCAUCACCAAGUCCUUCACUCGGGACCCCUCCAGGUUCCACAUGUUUCCCAGGCCACCUUCGGUGCAUAGCACCGCCUCCAGCACCGACUCCGAGGAGGGUGAUGAGAAUUAUGUCCCCAUGCAGUAUCCUAAUAUGCCUGCAGAUGAACCAAAGUUAGGACUGCCCAUGAAUGCCAAGGUUGAGUAUCUGGACUUGGACCUGGACCCUGGCAAAUCCACUCGAAAGAGCAACGGGACAGGCAUGGCAGCAUCAGAUGAGCGGGUAGAUUAUGUUAUGGUGGACCAGGAGCGCACUCAGGCCCUAAAAAGCACCCGUGAGGCCUGGAGCGAUGGCCGGCAGUCCACUGAGAACGACACCCCCUCCAAAGGGCCCAAGUGAACCCUCGACCCCUCCUCCUUCCCUCUGAUCCCUCUUCUGGGCUGGAGAUGGGGUUCUGUGCAGGAGAAAACGACACACCUCCAUCCGUCUGCCCUUACUAUUCAUCUAGGUUAUACUGUGAGAGAGAAGCCGGUUCAGUUCCCACAUCAGCUGGUUUACACUGCCACCUGGCUGAGGGAAAGGCAACUGUGUGGAGGAGAGCUGGGCUUCCAGAGCGCCGUCUAUAAGCUGAGAGACGAUUUCUACUCUACUGUGUAAUGGGGCUGAAGAAACUGCUCAAACAUCACUGAUUUCGAGCCCUAGGAAUAUACUGUGCUAUACAGAGCAGCAAAUAGACUUUCAUUUGUAUCAAGUGGACACUUGCUGCUUCACUUGGGUUUUUUUUUUUUUGGUAUAUAUUCUCAACCUGGGUUUUGAUUCCACCCUUGUGUUUGUUCACAUUCAUGGAGUUUACCAACAAACAGCUCUCUGCUUUUCCUGUUCACGCAUUUGCCAUCAUCAGGUUACAGGAAAGUUUUAUUUUUAUCACAUGUAUCCAGUUCCAUGAUAAUCUGAAGCUUUGGUACAUCCUGGUUCCUUUUUUUUUUUUUUUUUUUUUUUUUUGGGGCUGGGUGGGUUUGCCCACAGUUUGUGGGUUUGCCCACAGUUGCAAGGUAUUGAGUGGCAUGCAGGCAGAAAAACAAAAAAAACCAUGAAAGAUGAUCACAGUGGCAAGAAGGACUGCUGAACUGACUGCGUAGUGUUAUGUAUAUUACAUAAAAGUGUCCUUUGUAUCGAAUGUGUGGGAUGUAAAGGCUUCGGUGUGACCUCUGCCGGAUAGAAGUCGGCACCCUCGGAAAGCACAAACUGUGAUCGCUGUUUUUAUUUCAGUGCAAGGUAACAAAACUAACGACUAAACAAGAAGUCAGGUACUCACCAAAAAGAUUAACACAGCAGUUCCUUCCUAAAUUAUUGUAGAUUUGUUUUUACUUAUACAUGUGCAGAUCACUCGGUAUUGUGCUGCACUUUCAGCAGCCUGUGAUAAAUGUUCCGAUCAGCUUUUUCUCGCUGUAUAUGAUGAUGCCUUCUUUGGGAAAAGAAAAGCCAGUCAGGACAUUACAGAAGUUGUAUAUUGAUCCCACAUUCCUUUUGUGACUGGUCCUUCGAUUUAGUUUAUUGCCACUUUUGAUAAUUUAUUUCAGAUGGGUUUCUACAGUUUAUGGACACUAACUGCCUUAUUACAAACUUUACUGUGUGAAUGUUGUACAUAUGACCGGAUGUGUAAUUUCAGCAUCAAAGUUAUAGAGACUAUAUAAACUUUUAUCAAGUGUGUAACAAAUACUUUUACUAACUACCAAUCUCUUAAGCCAAGGACACAUUGACAUGGACACCGUCAGUGACUUUUGCUGUAUAUACAUGCACAAACUUCCUUUUUUAAAAAAACAAAAAAACAA